GUACAAAAUCUCACGUCCACCUGGAUGUUUUCAUUUUGAUUGCUGUUCGAAAUGAACCUCAGUGGUAAUUUUCAAGUUCAAAUCCUCACUUUUGGAGGGCUUCUAUUCGUUUUAUCUAUUUUGACCGCGAGUACCGGAGGAAAUGUGCUCAUACUACCAGUACCCACCCCCCCUCAGGAUGGCGGACCUGUGACUCAAGGUGACUUGAGACAAAUCACUCCAGACAGCAAUGAAGCUAAAAUCAAUGAAGUUUUAGGAUACACAGGUCCAGAUAUACUGCUUGGAGAUAUCAUCUCAGAUGCUGAAACCCUAAGGUUUAUAACUCAAGAUCCAAAUUCCCGCAAUGCCAUAACUUACCCACAUGGCUUGUGGCCGAGCAACACAGUCCCCUACAUCAUAGACAAAAGCAUUGGACAACAAGGUGUGAAAGCCAUCAACGAUGCCAUCAAAGAUUAUCAUAGCCAGACAUGCCUGAAGUUUGUCUCCAGGACCACUCAGAAAAAUUACAUCAGAUUUACUGUCGGUGACGGGUGCUCGUCAUCUAUAGGUCGCACAGCACGUGGAGAGCAGAAGAUAAACCUUCACCGAGGCUGCUGGUUCAAGGGCGUUGUCAUCCACGAAAUAGCGCACGCAAUUGGCUUCUUUCACGAGCAAUCUCGAUCAGACAGAGAUAGUUACGUCAAGAUCCUGUACGAGAACAUUCAAAAAGGCGUAGAAGACAACUUCCAAAAAUUCGAUCAAGGCGAGAUCCAGCAUUUGGGAGAACCUUACGACUAUAGCAGCAUAAUGCAUUAUGGGCCGAAUGACUUUACCCGUAAUGGACGACCAACCAUCAUGGGAUUGAGGAGUGGGUCAAACCAAAUGGGUCAGCGGAAAGGAUUUAGUGCUAAUGACGUUCGGCAGAUCAAUAAGUUGUACAAGUGUCCUGCAAAGCCAGUUGCUCCAGGUCCAGAUGAGAAUUCUGUUGAAUACUGUAACUUUGACAGUGGUUCGCUGUGCGACUUUACUCAAGCGACUGGAGACCAGUUUGACUGGACCCUCCAUAAAGGUCCUACAAGGACCGGUGGGACUGGACCAGGCACAGAUAUGUCUGGAAAAGGUUAUUACGUUUACAUCGAGACAUCCACGCCUCGUAGAAAAGGCGACAGAGCUGUCCUGCUGUCUCCCCGGCUGAAGGGACCUUAUUGUCUCCGUAUGCAUUACCACAUGCUGGGUGUUAACAUUGGAUCCCUGAGGGUUUACAAAAAUUCAACAUCGGGUAACAGUGUUGUGUUUUCCGUUGACGGUAAUAAAGGAGAUCAGUGGUACUCGGCGGAAUACUCCUUAACAGGUCCCGAGCAGUUUCAGCUUGCAUUCGAGGCUGUCCGUGGCAAUGGCUACCGAGGUGAUAUUGCUUUAGAUGAAAUUAAACUUGUCCCUGGAAAAUGCAACGCAUCACCGGGCACCCCUGCUCCACCUGUCAUCAAAACGCCGGUCAAACAAAAGACCACACCUGAGCCACCUACUCGUGGAGAAGUGUACUGCAACUUUGAUUCAAGGACUUUUUGUCAGUUUACCCAGACUACUGCUGACGAGUUUGACUGGGUUCUGAACAAAGGGAACACCCCAAGCGCGCCGCAGACUGGCCCGAGAUCUGAUGUUUCUUCUACAGGCUACUACAUCUAUGCCGAAGCUUCAUUUCCGCGUCAAAAUGGAGACCGCGCCCAGCUUCUCUCGCCGAAGCUGAUCGGUAGCUACUGCCUUCAGUUUUAUUAUUAUAUGCACGGAGCUCAGAUGGGAGCUCUACAUGUCCUUCUUGUUUUGGGCGCACGAAGGUUCAAACAGUUUUCCUACACAGGCGACCAGGGACAAAAAUGGCAUAAAGCCGAAAUCGACAAUUGGGGUAAACAUGCCUACCAGCUAGGUUUUGAAGCAGAGAGAGGCAUUGGUAACACUGGAGAUAUUGCUCUAGAUGAAAUCAGAUUAAAACCAGGGAGUUGCAAUCAAUUUAAAGUCUCCACCCAGCCCCCAACGACUAUCAAAACUACUCCUUUAGUCACACAAGAGUACUGUAACUUUGACAGUGGUUCGCUGUGCGACUUAACUCAAGCGACUGGAGACCAGUUUGACUGGACCCUCCAUAAAGGUCCUACAAGUACCGGUGGGACUGGACCGGGAACAGAUAUGUCUGGAAAAGGUCAGUUAUAUGAUUAUUCUAUUUUUAUGGGCUUCCUCCUGGUGGAGAUUCGGCAAGCCAGAAGGGUAGUAAAAUAG